AUGCCGCAAUUCUCAACACCUCCACCCACCCCACAACACGCCCUCCUCUCGUUCCCAGCCCCACACGUCCUCCUAGUCACGCUGAACCGGCCACGUGAGCUGAACUGCAUCAAUGCGCAGGGCCACGCGGAACUACACGCGGUGUGGGAGUGGAUGGACGAGGAGCCGGGGGUGUGGGUUGGAGUGGUGACGGGGCGAGGGCGGGCAUUCUGCGCGGGGGCUGAUUUGAAGGAAUGGAAUAACCGCUCAAACAACACUACCAACACCAAUACCACCCCAAUGCCACCAAGCGGGUUCGGCGGCCUCGCCCGGCGCAAAGGCAAGAAACCCGUCAUCUGCGCCGUGAACGGGAUCUGUCUGGGCGGCGGCACAGAAAUGAUCAUCAACAGCGACCUGGUCAUCGCGGCAUCGCGGACGACGUUCGGGCUGCCGGAGGUCAAGCGCGGGGUGGUGGCGCUGGCGGGGGCGCUGCCGCGGCUGGUGCGGACGGUGGGCAGGCAGCGGGCGAUGGAGAUGGUGCUGACGGGGCGGAUGGUGGCAGCCAGCGAGGCGGAGCGAUGGGGGCUUGUGAAUGGCGUCGUGGAGGUGGAGGCGGGCGCCACGGAUGAGGAGGUUAGUCGGCGGGUUGUGGAGCGGGCGAUGCGGGUUGCGGGGGAGAUUGCGGGGAAUAGUCCCGAUGCAGUGCUCGUUAGUCGUGAGGGCGUGAAGCUGGGCUGGGAGGGGAUUGGGGCGGAUGAGGCGACGGCGAUGCUGAGUGAUACGUGGGUGAAGCGGUUGUAUGACGGGGAGAAUAUCAAGGAGGGAUUGCGGGCAUUUGUGGAGAAGAGGAAGCCGGUUUGGGUGGAUAGCAAGCUGUAG